AUGUCCAUCAACCCUAGGUUCAAACUAUUCAGAGGAACUACCACUUCUACCCCACCUACUCACCAACUCCCACAGCAACAACAUCAGGAACAAACGCCACACCAAAAAACUUCCAAACACAAGUACAACAGCAGCAGAGAAAACAACAGCAACAGCAAAAACAACAGCAGCAUAGAAAGCAACAGCAAAAGCAAAAACAACAGCAAAAGCAACAAAUUUGAAGCCACCUCUAGCAUCUUAUCUGAUUAUGACGAUCUAGAGAUAAUAGACGAAGUCAAUGAAGAGUCUCUGUAUGUCCUAUUCAACCCAAUCUCAAAACCCAACAAUGAGUCAGAUAUACUCUCAUUGACCAAUACUUCAAAGGGAGGCUCAGAGGUUGAUACGGAAGCAGAUUACGCAGUGGAUGGCCCACAAGAGUCAAGAGAAGAUGCAGAUGAUGGUGAAGGUGACGUAGAUGUUCAAACUGAUACAGAAAAGCUAUCUAACAAGAUUAACAGUUGGUACAACUCAAAUAUUGUCACAUCAAGCCAGGAUAUUGAUGAGAACGUAGCCAGCUGGAACUUAGAUGAGGAUGAGGAGUUGACCAGCUCCAAUAAGCUUGGACAUAUUUAUCACCACCACCACCACCACCACCACAAACAACAACAACAACAACAACCACAGGAACAACAACCACAGGAACAACAACUGUUGGAAGAAAGUAAAAGACUACUCACUGAAUUUUAUGGAGAUGAUCUUUUCAAGUACCUUGAUCAAGAAGAUAUUGCCAAAGUGAAGAAUUUCCACAAUAUGAUGGAUGUAAAGCGAUUUCUUUUGGAAAAAGAUGAUGCACCUACUGACUCUUUACUAAAGCAGUUGAUCUACAAGAUCCUUUACGUUAAGAACAAAGCAUCCGAAUUUGACACUGGCCAACACACAUAUAAUCUAGGAAACACAAACUACAUAAACUAUUUGAUGGAGGAUGUGCAUCAGAAACAAAGUCAACUGUUGCCAUUUGGUGGUAGUUUCUUGGGUGCUCCUUCUACCUUUUCCGAUACAAAUACUGGUGGCGGGUCCUCUUUAAUCAUGUGCGGUGGUGUUGGUUUUGGAGACAAGACUUCAUGGAAUGAUAUAUGA